GUACCUGACCCUCCGCUCCGUGAAGACUCGGCGGUUCCAGUCGCUGAGCCACCAGAAGACCUUCCAGCUGCUGGCGGUGGCGGUGCUGGCGGGCAUGUUCUGGUGGCAGAUCGGCGCCCACCUGUCCUCCUCGCAGGCGGUGUUGGAUGUGGGCGGGCUGCUGUUCUUCAUCGAGCUGUUCAUGGGCUUUGCAACGCUGUUUGCAGCGCUCUUCACCUUCCCAGCGGAGUUCCAGAUGCUUGUCAAGGAGCGGCAGAGCGGCAUGUACCGGCUGUCCGCCUACUACGUAGCGCGCACCCUCUCCGACCUGCCCAUGGACUGCCUGCUGCCCUCGCUCUUCGUGGCCAUCGUGUACUGGAUGGCGGGGCUGAGGCCGGAGGCGGGUGCGUUUUUCUCCUGCUGGUCCUCCGUCCUGCUUAUCGUGCUGACCAGCCAGUCCAUCGGACUGCUCAUCGGGGCCACAGUCAUCAACCCGCAGAACGGCCAAACCAUCGCCACCAUCUUCAUGCUCACCACCAUGCUGGUGGGCGGGUACUACGUGCGCGGCAUCCCCGUCUGGAUCGCGUGGCUCAAGUACGCCUCCUUCAUCUACUGGGGCUGGAACCUCCUGCUCAAGAUUGAGUUCCGGCACCGCCUCAUGGAGGGCUGUGAGGGGCUGAGCGAGGCGGAGCGCGCGGGGCAGGGCGCGGAGGCGCUGGCAGCGGGGGAGUGCAGUGUGGCGCAUGCGGGGAUAUACACGGUCAAUGUGGAUGAGGGCGUCCAGAAGGAGGUGUGCAUCUUGAUCGGCAUGCUCAUCUUCCUGCGGCUCUGCAUCUACUUCGCACUGCAGUACAAGACGACGUUCAGGGGGG